AGCACCUAGGAGGGCGGGCUUAGAGCAGCUGAUUCCCGAGGGCCGGCAGCGGCGGCGGCUGCUGCUGCUGCUGCUGGGCUGUGGGGGGCCCGCAGGACCCUGGGGGUCCCGAGCUGGUGGCACGUGCCCCCGAGGGAGCCGGGCUGGGACUUCGGGCUACCUUUCCCUCUCUAUCUGUACCCCCAUCCCUCACCAGCAGCAUCCUUCAAGAAUCAUGGCGUCCAAAGCUGCGACCCCCACUGCAGACCCAAGCCCUGUUUCUCCAGCACCUUCUGGGGCUGCCCAGCUGGAUUCGGGUGAGGAUUUUGAGGUCCUAGAUGGAACUGAAGAGGAAGAGGAGGACGAUGAUGAUGACCUGAGUGAGCUGCCCCCCUUGGAGGAUGUGGGAACAGCCCAAAAUGAGGGACCCACAGAGCCUCAGCCUGCAACAUCUGAAGAGACAGGGCCUUCAAGCCCCCUCCAGGAGGAGUGGAUGGAUAUCUUGGGUAACGGACUGCUUAGAAAGAAGAUUCUAGCGGCCGCCCCUCCCGGGGCCGAGCGGCCCAGCAAAGGCCAGGAUGUGACGGUGCAGUUGAAGGUCUCGCUUGAGGACCAUGGCACACAAGUGGAGGAGCACCCUCGCCUCACCUUCACCCUGGGGGACUGUGACUUUCUCCAGGCUUUGGAUCUGAGUGUGCAGCUCAUGAACGUGGGUGAAACAGCCCUGAUCAUCGCAGAUGCCAAAUACUGCUAUGGGCCUCAUGGCAGGAGUCCUACCAUCCCUCCCAACUCAACCCUCCGCCUUGAGGUGGCUCUGCAGACAGCCGCGGACGGGCCUGACCUGGAGCUGCUGAGCGGGCAAGAGCGAGCCGCCUUGGCUGACCGCAAGCGGGAGUGUGGGAAUGCCCACUACCAGCGGGCCGACUUCGUCCUGGCUGCCAACUCCUACGACCUGGCGCUCAAAGUCAUCAGUGCCAGCUCCAAAGUUGAUGUGAGCCCAGAGGAGGAGGCAGAAUUGUUAGAGCUGAAGGUGAAAUGUCUGAACAACCUGGCUGCCUCACAGCUCAAGCUGGACCACUACAGUGCAGCGUUGAACUCCUGCAGCCUGGCACUCAGCCACCAGCCAGAUAACAUCAAGGCCCUGUUCCGGAAGGGCAAGGUGAGCCCUAGCAAAGGUGAGUAUGCUGAGGCCAUCCCCAUCCUGAGAGCUGCCCUCAAACUGGAACCUUCCAACAAGACUAUUCAUUCUGAGCUCUCAAAGCUGGUGAAAAAGCAUGCUGCCCAGAGGCACACAGAGACUGCCAUGUACAAGAAGAUGCUUGGCACUGUUGGUGCCGGUGGACUGCCUUCCAAGGGCCCCGCCAAGGGUCCCCGGUCCAUUCCGUGGAAAUGGCUCUUUGGGGCAACCGCUGUAGCCCUCGGGGGUGUGGCUCUGUCUGUGGUCAUCGCUGCCAGAAAUUGAAAGCCUGGACAGAUGGAUGCUGCCUACGGCCUGCCUGGGCUUCCCUGUACCUUCCAGCACUGGGCCUGCAUCUUCCCUGUCCCUUUUCUGUUCCAAAGCC